GAAGAAGCUAGCUGGCGCAUUAGCUGCAUUGUAAGAAUGGCUGGUUGGGGACGCGGUUCAGGAUACCCCGGCUGGAGAGGAGGAGCCGCCGGCAGAGGGGGCUUCGAACAGUCCUCCGUCAGGCAGAUGAGCCGGCAGUUCGGGAGGCGGCGGUCCGACGGGACCUUCCCCCCGCCGCCCAAGAGGAACGACAUGAAUCAGAUGGGCAUGCACCCGGAGGUGGAGGAGGGCAUGCCGGGGCGGGGCGGCAGGUUCGAGCAGUUCGACGACUUCGGGGGCCCCGGCUGGGGACCCGGCGGCAACCUGCCGUCCCUCCUGGACCCGCUGGUGUUCCCCCAGAGGGGCGGUUUCCACCCGGACUACCGGCCCUACAGGCACCACUGGGCCCAGUUCGACCCCGUGCCCACGGACUACCCCGGGCGGCGGUUCGGCGGCUCCUCGGAGAUGAGGCGCAGGAGGCGGGACAGGAAGUUCAAGAAGCAGAGGAGGAGGUCGGCGGGAAAAGCCAUGAGGGAAGAGGAGGCGAAAGAGGAGGAGGACGAAGACGAGGAGGAGGAGGAGGACGACGAGGAGCAGAACUCCGAGAGCGACGACGAGUCCACCGAGGUUAAAGCUGAGCAUGAUGGGAAGAAGAGGAAACAAACCCAGAGGUCCGGGGACGAGCCGGAGCUGAAGAUGGGGAAGACAGAGUCCACCGGAGACCCGAUGGAGGACUCGGACGGAGACGAGUCUGCAGACGCCGCCUCUAAUCCAGCGGCUGAAGGUGACGGUGACGUUCUAUCUAUCGAGGAGGAGCUGGCUCAGCUGAAGAAGAAGCUGAACAAGGACGCUGCGCCGCCUGCAGACGGAGAUGCGGAGAACCACGCCGAGGAGAACGACGAAGCCUCGACCUCCAAACCCGACGAUAAAGGGAAGAAGGAUGGUAAGAAGACUAAGCAGAAGGGUAACGCCGCCGCCGGCGCUGAUAAGAAGCAGAAGAAGAAGGGAGGAUUCUUCGAGAACUCUGGGAUCAAGGUCUCCGCCCACAGGAUAACCUACACCUGCUCCAUGUGUAAGUUCCGCACGUUCUACAAGGACGAGAUGGACGCUCACCUGGAGAGCAAGUUCCACAAGGACCACCUGAGUUCUGUCUCUCAGUACUUCGACGAGCACACCAUGGAGUUCCUGCAGGAACACCUGAAUAAGAAACGCAGGAAGGUGGAGGACACGGUGGGUCAGUUACCGGAUCACAGCGCCGCCAUCUGUCAGAUCUAUAAGGUCCAGGACCUGACUCGAGCUGUAGCUAUGGAUCACUUCAUAAGGAAGGCUGAAGCGGCUCACUGUGAAGCCUGUGACGUUUACAUCCCCAUGCAGUCCAAAGCUAUUCAACAACACAUCCAGACCCCCAACCACAACUACAACCGCCGGUUUACGAUGGAGGAGUCUAAGAAGGAGGGACUGUUCAUGAUGCGCAGCAUCCUCAACCACAAAUACAUCCGGCAGGAGCUGCAGCACUACCUGCAGGCUAAAAACCCCCCCGACGAGGCGAAGGACGAGGCCGAAGGGAAGAGCGAGGAGGCGGGGCCGUCGGAGGAGGCGGGGCCGUCGGAGGAGGCGGCGGCGGUAGGGAACGGCGAGGGGAAGGAGGAGGCGGAGCCGAUGAACGAAGACGCCGAGGCGCCGGAGAGCGAGGAGAAGCCCGAGGAACACGGGGAGCCGGAGGGAACCCUGGAGGGAACCCUGGAGGGGGAGGAGGGGGAGCCGGAGGGAACCCUGGAGGGGGAGGAGGGGGUGGAGCCGGGGGACGAGGAGCUGCUGCAGGACGACGACCUUUAGGCUCCGCGGACGGUUUUAUACAGUCGUGUGUUCGGAAAUGUUUCUAGCCCUCGUGACCCGGGGCGCAGGGGGUCCCCAGUUUUAGCUUCUCUUACAGCGGAUCCACCCCGCCGGUUUCGCCGUUCGUACCCUCGUACUACGUAGUGAGCGUAUGUAGAUCUUUCGUUUCCCCCCCCCCCCCCGGGGGUCCCCUCGCUUCUAUUCGGCUUCUUACGUGUCUUCUAUAAAAAAUAAAAGAAUAAAAAUAAAAGUACCAGUGUUCACGUAGUCCGUCGGUCUGGAGCUUCUUCUUACUGUAGCUGAGAACUAACCAGAGACGGAGAUCCUCCUCCUCCUCCUCCUCCUUCUUCUUCUUCUUCUUAUUAUUAUUUUGUUUGUUUUUGGCCUGAUCAUUCCUCCAAUAGAGUCGCCUCAUUUUAUCUGUUCCACCUGUUCUCGUUCUGAUCUGAAAUAAAACCAGUACAACCACAAA